AUCAUGAGUCGCAAUAUCCUGCCAGCUUCCGCUACUGCAAACCAUGCCAAGCCCUCCUCAUGCGCCGCACCUUCCCCAACGGUAGCUAGGUGGCAACCCGCCAAGGUCAAAAAACUCGCUGGCUCGGCUUGUGAGUACUGUAGGAAACGAAGACGAAAAUGUAAUGGCGAACAACCAUGUCCUCUAUGCGUUGACAAUCAUCAAAAUUGUAUCUACGAGGUUACAAAACCUGAAACUCCAACUCAAGCUGUGAAGAGAAAACACGCUCAGAUGCAACAAGACCAUGACGACAUGAAAGCUCUUUUCAAUGUUCUUGCGACAGCCGACAGCCAGAAAAGCCAUGAAAUCCACAAUCGAAUCCGAGCUGGACAAUCGCCAGAGUUCAUUCUACAACAAUUAAAGCAUGGCGAUAUGUUGGUGCAAACCAAAAUCAGCUCAGAAAGGCACGUGCGGCAUGUGCUGCUUAGCAGCCUCAUGCAAACAAACGCUUCUUUCGAUGAGAUGGUAGAAUUUGUCGGCUUAACUAUCGCGAAGACACCCAGUACAGAGAUCCCCUCCGCAGCACUCUUGCGACAACUCAGAGGGAAGCAAACAGAUUUGAAAGGAUUUCGCAAUCUACUUGGUUAUCCACAACCUCCGCCGCCACAGCGCCGGAUAGCUAUAUCCGAUCUCUUGAGUGAUCAAGCAGGCGUACCUUCCGAGAGUGGAAGUUCUAGCUCGGCUGAAGACGUGGAAGACGACAACAAAGAACCCAGGGAACCUCCUGUCAAAGUUCCGGCAAAACCUUGGACUGUGAUAACGGACGAUGACGACCUGGUGUCUCAUCUCAUCUCCUUGUAUCUCGAAUAUGUCAACCCGUUUUUCCGGGCUCUGGAAGAGGAUUUGUUUGUUAGAGCCAUGCAAUCUGGGGAUCUGGACUCAGAAUAUUGUUCACCGUUUCUGGUCAAUAGCAUUCUGGCUCUUGCUUGCCCAGAUGAUUACAUAACUCGAGGACAACAUUUCCACGAUGAAGCAUUCCGUCUCUGGUACCUUGAAGAAGGAAGAGCAUCUCUCAAAAACCUUCAAGGACUCUCUGUGCUAUAUCCAGGCUGUAUACUAAGAGGCAAGGACAAAUCAGGUGUGAGCACGUGUGCAUUGUUGACACAACUGGGUCGGAGUGUCCCAGAUACACUACAUCGGCCCUCGCCCAUGCCUGCACCAACACCUGAAGAAGUCAAGGCCUAUAAACGAGCUAGAAAGGGCUCGGCUUGGGCUGCUUUCGCAUGCGAUAUCCUGGCAUACGACUUGCAAGGAAAAUCUGCCUACGAUGGACGAGCUACCAUCAACAGAGACAUCACACGUAUGGACUGGUUAUCCAUAUCACAACAAGAACGAUUACCUAGACAAGAACGCCAUCUAACCUGGAAAGCACAACGACUUUUGUAUGCUUCAGAUCGCAGCGAUCCGCAAUUCUCCUAUCACGUUCAAGCAUUGACCGAGGAGAUGAAUCAUUGGAAAAAUACAUUACCAGACAGUCUUCAGUUUCGAGGACGACUGCCGGCACCAGUCUCUUGCUAUGCAAGCGUGAUCAUUGCACUAUAUUCGCUCUUCCGGCCACUAGGAAACGAUCGACUUGUGCCUUCGGAAGAAACUUCUGAAACUCGUCCCAGGCAAGGUUAUAGAUACCAUCAAGAUCUCACUCCACCAUAUGGAACACCGGACAUCACAGAAGGCAACGUCCAGGAUCUGUUUGCUCGUACUAUGAGUGAUCGUGCUCUCGCCACUGCCCACGAUCAUGCCGCCAGGUUGGGAAGUUUCCGCCAUCAUUACGGUUUGAAAAUCUCACCNCCCUAUUUCGUGCAGGCAAACGGUGUGGUUUGCUUUACCUUGCUACAAAACCUCGAUAACCCUACUUCUGCUGCUGCUUUCAAAGAAGCCUUUCGCUGUCUGCUUGGCGCUGGCAUGCAAUUACUCUGGGCUAGGGGUAUGGCUAGAAUGCUGCAUCUCACUGCUCAAAACACUGGCAUAAGGUUACCGAAGGCUGUAGAGACGAUGUUGGAAGCUGUUGCAGAUGCUGCGUGGACGAAGAGCGAUACCGAGAUGUUGAGUUCGUGUUGGCCCAACAUUGCCAUUGCCAAAGAUGCGAAAGUGGGAGAGAGUGUGACGAUGGAAGAUCUCAUCAAGAAGUGGGAGAAACUUGCUGUUGAUGAGGAAGAAGGAAAGGGGGAAUCAGGAAACUGA